AUGCCUGACGACAUGUCUAUGAUUCCUUACGGUGGAAACCUUGAUGUCGUGCUGCGACACAAUGACUCCGUGGUAGUUUUCGACCGCGAUUCUCAACAAAUAGCCCUCCGCAAUGCCUCAGAUGCUCGCAAUGCAGAUCUUGAGCUCGCAAAUUGCCCAUUAUGCCACCAGCCCAUGCGCGAGGGCAGCCGAGGCCGACAUCACGGAAGCGCCGACCCUGAAGCCGAAUUCAUCAACCCGAACUACUUCCGCAUGCUCGAUAAUAGCCUUCCUGGCUCUGCAAGCUCUUCGCGACCUCCAUCUCCAAGGCGACGUCUUGUUCCGCCCGCUCUUUCGGAUGGUCGUCCCACCGGCGGUCCAACAAGCGAGCCUCGCCCUCCCCAAGGAAUUUCCUCGGCGGCUUUCAGUACAGAUUAUUUCAAGAAGUUCUUCGUCGAAGAAAGGAUUCUCGGAAAAGGUGGAAAAGGUGUUGUGCUACUCGUUAAGCACGUGUUAGACGGUGUGUCUCUCGGACACUAUGCAUGCAAGCGUGUACCUGUUGGCGACGAUCACGAGUGGUUAGAAAAAGUGCUGGGCGAGGUCCAGUUGCUCCAGCACCUUUCCCACCAGAAUCUUGUCUCGUAUCGCCAUGUCUGGCUUGAGAACGCGAAGAUCAGCACUUUCGGUCCUAGCGUUCCGUGUGCAUUCAUCCUUCAGCAAUAUUGCAAUGCCGGUGACCUUCAUGAUUAUAUUUGUGGCUCUGUUCAGACAACCAGCACUGCACAGCAAUUGAAGGACCGGCUCCGAAGAAAGUCGAAAGGUGAAGCAGACCCGCAAAUGGGUACAGGUGGGCCACGCAUGCUCCAGCUUGAUCAGAUCUACUCGUUCUUCCGAGAUAUUACCUCAGGCAUGCGGCAUCUUCACUUGAACGGGUACAUUCACCGUGACCUCAAGCCUCACAACUGUCUACUUCAUGAAACAAGCGAUGGCAUCCGGGUGUUGGUUAGUGAUUUUGGAGAAGUACAGUCCCAGGACACAACGCGCAAAUCCACCGGUGCGACAGGAACACUUUCGUAUUGCGCUCCCGAGGUUCUCCGGCGCGAGUACAAUGAUGGUCCCUUUGGAAACUUCACCUUCAAGUCGGAUAUCUUUUCCUUGGGAAUGAUUCUCUACUUUUUGUGUUUUGCGGAGCUUCCCUAUGCCAGUGCCGAUAUUAUCAACGAAGAAAAGGAAGACCUGGAUCAGCUUCGAGCGGAAAUUACAAGCUGGGCUGGCUUCAACAAAGGCCGACGCAAAAGGUCUGAUCUCCCCCAGAAGCUCUACACCUUCUUGGAGUUACUGCUUGCUGUGGACCCCGAUCGCCGACCCACGGCGGACGAGGUUUUGAGCGGAAUUCAAGCCGGUGCCAGUGCCAACGUCAAGAGGACCAGCUCCGCCAGUGCAACGAGCUCGCCUAGCUCUGAAUUGCCUGCAUCCGCACGCAUACGUCCCGUGGACAGUCCAAAGCCUUCAGAGCGCGCUCUCUCCCCACUAAAAGAGUACCGCGCAGUCCUCCGACGUUCCGACAAGAUUCAGUCUUUGAUUCGAGCGGCUCCUCUGGCACUCCUCUUGUCUCCGAUGCGCUGA